AUGGCGGAUAGACUUACACAACUACAGCUUUGCUUGGACCAGUUAACGGAUAUGUUCUUUGCAUCCUUAACUUAUAUCGAUCAAAAUCAUGACUCGGUAAAGUUGAAUGAUACUGAUCCAAAGGUGAUGGACUCAGAUUACCAUCCAGCAUCACAGUUAGAUUUCCAGUCGAACUUACAAGAGCUUUCGAGAGAUAUCAUCACGAAAACGAAACAAAUAUUGACAAUUAUAGAGACUUUGCCAGGUGUGGGUGUGUCAAAGGAAGAGCAAUUGAAAAAGAUUCAAAUGUUAAAUAAACAGUUAGAAGAGGUUGAGCUUAAGAAGCAAGAAACUAUAUUGAAGAAGCAGGAUUUGAUGCGAGUAGUUGAUAAACUAACGUUGCUCGUUAGUAAGGGCAUUGCAGAGACACGGGAUUAG